GGAGCUAACAUGGCGACGGUGCCCGUCUAUUGCAUCUGUAGGCUGCCCUACGACGUAACCCGCUUCAUGAUCGAGUGCGAUGCCUGCAAGGACUGGUUUCACGGCAGCUGUGUAGGUGUUGAAGAAGAGGAGGCACCAGAUAUCGACAUCUAUCAUUGUCCAAAUUGUGAGAAAACCCAUGGAAAGUCUACUUUGAAAAAGAAAAGAAAUUGGCAUAAACACGAUACUGGACAGACGACAGAGGUCAAACCUGUACAGAAUGGGAGCCAAGUCUUUAUAAAGGAACUUCGAAGUCGUACUUUUCCAAGUGCUGAAGAUAUAGUCGUGAAAGUGCCAGGCAGCCAACUAACAACAGAAUAUUUGGAAGAAAAUGGCUUUGCAGAGCCCAUCCUCGUUCCAAAGAAGGAUGGCCUCGGUUUGUCCGUGCCCGCACCCACCUUCUACGUCAGCGAUGUUGAAAACUACGUCGGACCAGAGAGGAGUGUUGAUGUCACUGAUGUCACCAAACAGAAAGACUGCAAGAUGAAGCUCAAGGAAUUUGUGGAUUACUACUACAGUACAAACAGAAAAAGGGUCCUCAAUGUGACCAACCUGGAGUUCUCAGACACGAGGAUGUCCAGUUUUGUAGAGCCUCCAGAUAUAGUUAAGAAGUUGUCCUGGGUGGAAAACUAUUGGCCUGAUGAUGCUCUUCUGGCUAAACCCAAAGUUACCAAGUACUGCCUGAUCUGCGUGAAGGACAGCUACACGGAUUUCCACAUAGAUUCGGGAGGAGCUUCUGCAUGGUACCAUGUGCUGAAGGGAGAAAAGAUAUUUUAUCUCAUCAAACCAGCCUCUGCAAAUAUUUCUCUUUAUGAACGCUGGCAAUCGGCAGCAAACCACAGUGAGAUGUUUUUUGCAGACCAAGUAGAUAAAUGUUACAAAUGCACAGUUAAACAAGGACAGACACUCUUCAUUCCAUCAGGUUGGAUUUAUGCAACUCUAACACCUGUAGACUGCCUGGCCUUCGCAGGACAUUUUCUACAUAGUCUAAGUGUUGAAAUGCAGAUGAGGGCAUAUGAAGUAGAAAGACGAUUGAAAAUUGUCAGUCUCACCCAGUUUCCAAACUUUGAAACUGCAUGUUGGUAUAUGGGAAAGCAUCUACUAGAGACAUUCAAAGGUUUGCAUAAAGGUGGGCAACAACCUCCUGCUCAUUUACUCCAAGGAGCAAAAAUUCUCAAUGGUGCUUUCAGGUCAUGGACCAAAAAACAGGCUUUAGCAGAGCAUGAAGAUGAACUACCAGAAAACUUCAAACCAGCACAACUUAUCAAGGACCUUGCCAAAGAAAUAAGACUAAGUGAGAAUGCUUCAAAAGCCAGCAAAGCAGACACGAGUGCCAACACAAAUGUUGAGGAGAUCUGCCCUGUGGAGAAGGAGGAGGCACCAUCACCUGUCCAAGUGACACCUCCGCCGCGACCUGUAGAAAAGCUCCCUAAAAAAAAGACUCCCAAAACUGUGAAAACCCCCAAACAACUCAAGCCAUCCAAACCCCCCAAACCUCCCAAGCCACCCAAACCCCCUAAGCCUCCCAAAACACCAAAAGUUAAGGGAGAAGGAAAAAAGAAAGGAAAAAAGGCAAAAGAGAGUUCACCGCCAGCCAUCCCAAAUCUCGACUUGCUGGAGGCACACACAAAGGAGGCUUUGACAAAGAUCGAGACGCCAAAGAAGGGGAAGGCUGCAAAGAAUGUUUUAAGUGUUCCCAAUAAGGAAACUGCUAGUAAGCAGAAUGAGGUGGAGAAAUUUGAAGUUCGAGAGCAAAAUAAAAGCAAAACAGAAGCCAAAUGGAAAUAUAAGAACAGUAAACCUGAUUCACUUCUAAAAAUGGAAGAGGAACACAAAUCAGAAAAGACGCCUUUAUCAGGAAACAAAGACAACAAAUUUACAUUCUCUUUCUCUAAUAAGAAGUUGCUUGGUUCAAAGGGAGUCAAAACCCAGCUGAAUACUAGUGUGUUUGGGUCACUGCAGAAUUUUAAAGAAGAUAAAGCAAAACCUGUACGAGAUGAAUAUGAAUAUGUGUCAGAUGAUGGUGAACUAAAAAUUGAUGAAUUUCCCAUCAGAAGGAAGAAGAACACUACAAAAAGAGAACUGCCCUUUUUAUCAGAUAAAAAAGACACUCUGCAGCACACUCCUGUUAAGAAGCCAAAGGUGGAGUCGGUACCAUACAAGACCGAUGACUCAUCAGAUGAAGAUUUGCUUCACAUUGACACAGAGGCAAAGCCAGGGCGCAAUUCCAAAGUAAAGAAAGAGAGUGGAAGUUCAGCAAGAAUUCUUGAUCUUUUGCAGGCAAGCAAGGAAGUUGGGGGUUUAGAGUAUAACACCAACAGUCAGCCACCUGCCUCACCCAGCACGCAAGAAGCAAUCCAGGGCAUGCUAUCGAUGGCAAACCUCCAGUCAUCAGAGUCCUGCCUCCAGACAUCAUGGGGUACCAAUCAGGCGAAGAAUAACUCCAUCUCCACACAAAACUCUAAAAAAACAGGUGGCAGCAGCAACAAAAAUGCUGGCAAGCGGUUACUAAAGAAAAGCACAAAGAACAGUAUUGACAUUGAAGAUUAUGAUGAAGAUCAGGACCACUUAGAUGCCUGUUUUAAAGAUUCAGAUUACGUUUACCCUUCUCUCGAAUCAGAUGAAGAUAAUCCAGUAUUCAAAUCCCGAUCAAAGAAAAGGAAAAGUUCAGAUGAUGCCCCUUACAGUCCAACAGCACGAGUUGGCCCCUCGGUGCCUCGACAAGACAGACCAGUGCGAGAGGGCACGAGAGUUGCCUCCAUUGAAACUGGACUCGCCGCUGCUGCUGCCAAGUUGUCACAGCAGGAGGAACAAAAAGGCAAGAAGAAAAAAAAUACCAAAAAGAAGCUGUCAACCAACAACGCGAACAAACCGGCUCAGGAAGGCAGCUCGCCAGAGCCGAAGCUGGAGUCACAUGCCAGCAGCCUCACAGAUCACGAGUACACCGCAGGGGCCAGCACCUUUGGGGUCGCCCAGCCUAACAGGGGAUCGCAGCCGAUGGCACCUGGUGUUUUCCUCACACAGAGGAGACCCUCAUCAUCCUCGCAGAACAAUGCCUCCGCCAAAGGAAAGCGCACGAAGAAGGGGAUGGCCACGGCCAAGCAGCGGCUCGGCAAGAUCCUGAAGAUCCACCGGAACGGGAAGCUGCUGCUCUAG